AUGCUGAGUAGAUCUUCGGUGCACUGUACUUGCAAAGUUUUGGGUGUGACGUUUCGGUCGUAACUUUUACAACAGUAUUCAUCGACAACUCGAACUCAUCACCGUUUAACUUUGCUACAUGAACCAAUGUUAAACUCUGGGAUUUUUAAUUUCUAGUCUUCUUAGGUGGCUAAUAACAUGGAAAUGUUCCUGAAACUAUGGCUCGGGAUAAUUUUCUCGGUCACUUUCUACUGUGGGAUAUUUGUCGUAGGACUACCGACGGGAGCACCCAAUUCGGCAUGCGCAGAUCUUGCUCCUGGACACAGGGACAAUCUAAGUGUGCUGAUCGAACCCCAAACCGGAACGCAAUCGCCAUUCGUAAUCUUCGUAACUGAGUCGACAUAUGACACAACAAGUAGUGUAACAGUGUCAAUACUUCGGAACAGUGGUCCCUCAGUCUAUUCAUCCGAGUACUUUAAAGGGCUCGCAUUGAAAGCUGUGGCGCAUGUGCCAGGCGCGGAAUCCUCCACCAAACCGGCCAUAGGAGUCUUCACUUCAAUAGGAAACGGUUUCAAAUAUGGAAGCUGCACCACUUUAAAUCAAAUGGUAACUCAUGAUAACAUUACGGAGAAAAGAUUACGGCAGGACUUCACUUGGCAAGCCGAUAGACCGUAUGGAGAUAUCCAGUUUACAUCGACUGUCGCUGUAGAACGUGAAAUAUAUUUUACAAACGUACAGACUAACGUUUUGACUUUUAGUGGCGAUUCUUGUGCUUCAACUCCAUGUCAAAACCAGGGUACCUGUACUAUAAGUGGAAACUCGUACAACUGCGACUGCACGACAGGUUUUGAUGGUACCAAUUGUCAACUGAUGAACCCUUGUUUCUCUACGAAUAACCCUUGCAUGAAUGGAGGCGGAUGUACCUAUGGGAUCCAGAAUGGUCCACCUGAAGCAGCCGUUCCCGUAUGCACUUGCUCUUCACCUUGGACAGGAGAUACGUGUGAAAUAUAUAUUGGAUGUAACUCAAACCCCUGCCAGAAUGGGGGUACGUGCUUCAUUGCUGGCUCAGACGCGAGCUUUUUUUGUCGGUGCCUAACUGGUUUCAAUGGAGACACGUGUGGAAAUCAAAUCCUAGGAUGCAGUACCGAUCCCUGCGUCAAUGGAGCGUGUACAGACCUAGCUGGUGGCAACUAUCAGUGCGAUUGUCAGGCCGGUUGGAUGGAUACUAACUGUGAUGUUGAUAUCAACGAAUGUCUAGCUACUCCAUGUGUCAACGGAGACUGUAUAAAUAAUAACGGUGGAUUUACGUGUAGUUGCAGAGCGGGAUGGGCUGGACCACUAUGUCAAACAGCACUCUCACCUUCGCAGCCAUGCUACUCUAACCCAUGCCAAAACCAAGCCGCUUGCAUCGAUGAUCCAUUCAAUUAUUACUCAUGUUAUUGUACAAAUGGAUUUUACGGAACAAACUGUGAACAGACACAAAUUAAUAUGAUCACAUACUUUACAGCCAUAUCGGGUCUAAUCCAGAGCCCUGAUUACCCAGACGUGUACCCUUCAAAAUACACAGGCUACUACUCUGUCAAGGUCCAUGGCGCUGUAUCAAUCGCCUUCGACUUUCUUUUCUUUGAAAUUGAGUUCAACAAAGACGCUUUAUAUUACGGUACUGAUCCUUCCCUCAGUAUUACCAUGGACGAAUUCCAUGGAAACCUGUCUAACUUUAAAUUUGAAGUGGAUGGAGAUUUCGCCUGGUUCUUGUUAGAAACGGACAGAAACAACGCAGCGCCAUGGGACAUAUCGAGCGGUUUCAACAUCCAGUAUGUGGCAGAAAUCGAUUACUGCGUAUCUAAUUCAUGUGUAAAUGGAGCUACCUGUGUUAAUGGAAACGACACCUAUACGUGCCAGUGUAAUAAUCUGUGGGAAGGUCAAUUUUGCGAGAUCGACUUACCCUGUACUAUUGACCCGUGCAAUGGUAACGGUGUAUGUAGCGUUCAAAAUGGUGCAGCUGCAUGCACGUGCUUCUCUGGUUUUCUUGGAAGUUUCUGCAAUAUCGAUGACCCAUGUUUGCCCGAACCUUGUAUGAAUGCCUGUACCUGCAGUGUAACCAGUACUUUCACAGCCUUAUGUUCCACCACAAAUACCUACGUCACGGGCCAAUUUUGUGAAACCGUUCACCCAUGCAUUGAUGCACAGCUAUGUCGGAAUGGUGGAGCGUGUAAUCCAAUAGGAGCGACACUGGCAUAUCAAUGUACUUGCCCUUUUGGAUUCAUCGGGAGGAAUUGUGAAUAUGAUGACCCGUGUGUGCCAGUUAACCCUUGCCAAAAUGCAGGGACCUGUAAUCCUUCGUUUGACAACUUCGGGUCAACUUUUACCUGUACGUGUGCACUGGGCCAGUUUUGGACAGGAACCCUCUGCAGUACGCCGUCUGGAUGUACAAAUAUCCAGUGUGAGAAUAACGGCAAUUGUAUUACCGAUCCUGGCACUGGAGGGUUCGAAUCUUGUGCCUGCACUUCUGAAUAUUAUGGAGUAUUUUGUGGUAAUGCAUACCCAUGUACCAACGACCCGUGCAAUGGACGAGGUAGUUGUACUAAUAUUGGGACAGUUGCUCCCUUCUCCUACCAGUGUACUUGCUCUUCACCAUACAUUGGAAUCACAUGCGCAUAUGAGGAUCCUUGUCACUUGACUAACAAUCCAUGUCGGAAUGGUGGAACGUGUUCAUACGUGUUUCCUGUAACAGGCACGAUCAAUGCUCCCACUGUGCAGUGCUCCUGUCUAGCAAACAUGUACUAUGGAGCCAAUUGCGAGUCUGCUUUUCCAUGUAAUAGUAAUCCCUGUCAAUUUGGAGGUACUUGCACCAACGUGGGAUUUUUUAAUUACGACUGCAAUUGUAUUAAUCCCUACAUUGGAGAAAGCUGUCAAGCAGUUGAACCGUGCAACUCCAACCCGUGUUUGAACGGUGGAAUCUGCAGUGGCUCUGUAAACGCCGGCACUACAACUACUUCAUACUCAUGUGCAUGUGAAGGGGUGUGGGGUGGACAAAGGUGCGAAGUUGGUGCAUGCUCACCGACGAACCCAUGUAUGAAUGGAGGAACUUGCCUGUCCAACGCGGAUGGUACCUUCCAAUCUUGCCAAUGCCUGGCGGGAUAUACUGGUAGCAUUUGUGAAACUGAGAUUCCGUGUUAUGUAACCAGAAACCCAUGCCAGUUUGGAGGGUCAUGUACAUCAACUAACCAGGACCAAAGCUUUCUCUGCACUUGCAUUACCGGAUAUCUUGGAGAUACAUGUCAAUUCGUAUCGCCGUGCUUUUCUGGGCCAUGUGAAAACAGUGGUGUCUGCGAUACCAUUGACAGAGGUCUUUCAACACCCUCCUAUACUUGCUCCUGUGCCCCAGAAUACUACGGACCCAUGUGCCAAAAUUCCAAGUCGUGUCUUCUUGAUCCUUGUCAGAAUGGAGGUGCAUGUUCGCAAGUUACAAACACCUUUCAUACGUGUUCUUGCUCCUCACAAUUCACUGGGAAUCGAUGCCAGUAUGAUGACCCAUGCAGAGUAACACCAUGUCUGAACGCCGGAGUAUGUACCCUUACUUUCGACGGCUCCAACAGAGUCUGUUCUUGUGUGAAUUCCUGGACUUCAGAUGAUUGCUCCAUAGCUGGCGGAUGCAACCCUACCACACCAUGCAUGAGUGGUGGUACAUGUGUCCAUGACAUCAGUACAGGGAGUUUUGUACGAUGCGACUGUUUACCUGGAUAUGUAGGCUCGUUUUGCCAAGACAGACUAGCCUGUCAAAAUGGACCGUGCCUUAACGGUGGAGCGUGUGUGGAUGACGCAACUACUCUUACAUACACGUGUAACUGCCUUUCAACUUAUGUGGGCAUGAAUUGCCAAUAUCCGAAUCCGUGCUCCAACAACCCUUGUCAAAAUGGCGCUCAAUGUGAAGUUGUAUUAACAGCCACCGGAGCUCAGGCCUCAUGUCAAUGUACAGAUUCAUGGACCGGAGACUUGUGCACAAUACCCAGAGGAUGUAACCCUAGCCCCUGCGUAGGAGGCACAUGUGAGCACAACUCUGCCACUGGAGAAUUUUCCCGGUGUUCCUGUCCAUCCACACGUCUCGGCGAGUUUUGUCAAUUUGAAAACCCAUGCAACUCUGAUCCAUGCCAGAACGAAGGCAUGUGUGAGUCGGUUGUGCCAGCAACGGGCCUGCCACCUGUCUACUCGUGUAUGUGUCUCAACGAAUGGUCUGGAGUUAACUGUGAGCUUGCUGGUGGAUGUUUGGGGUCAGUUUGCCGGAAUGCAGGUACUUGCGUGUCUGAUCCGACUACUGGAGAGCACAUACGAUGUGAUUGCACUUCUUCCUUUUCAGGCGAAUUCUGUCAAAUAGCGAAACCCUGCACCGCAAUGCCGUGUCAGAAUGGUGCACGGUGUGUAUCAAUCAGUGACAAUGACUAUACUUGUGAGUGUACAGAAGGAUGGGUUGGACGCCACUGCAACAUUGAUGAUCCGUGUACUCCGAACCCCUGUCUCUACGGAGGUACAUGUCAGUCUACAGACCAAGGCACCUAUUCUUGUACAUGUAGAACCGGCUUUAGUGGACCAACAUGUGAAGAUGCUGUUCUAUGCGAGAGUCGUCCAUGUCUGAACAACGGACAAUGCAGUGUGAAUAAUGCGGGAACACAGGUUUUAUGCGACUGCCCGAUUCUGUUCUCUGGACCCCUCUGUGAAGAAUCUGAUGAGUGUGCCACCAAUCCCUGCAGAAAUAAUGGAAUAUGCCGAUCAAAUGGAGUUACCUUUACAUGUCAAUGCGAUAUCAAUUACACAGGAGAUCGUUGCGAAAACCUAGUGUCCGUGGUGAGAUGUAACGAGGAAUGUAGCGGUAACGGAGCCUGUAUUCCAGAUGAGGAUGGUAACUUUGUGUCGUGUGAUUGUUUUACUGGCUUUACUGGACAAAAUUGUCAGACACAAGUGUCGCCGUGUGAUAGUAUACAAUGUUUGAAUGGUGGGACUUGCUUUACAGCCGCGAAUAAUGGGUUUGUUUGUUCCUGCAAUAGUGGCUUCUCUGGAACGCUAUGUGACAUAACAAACACUGGUACACCUACUUGUAGUAAUGCAAACACAUGCUUUGGUAACGGACAGUGUGUGCUUUCGGGCAGUACUGUGAGCUGCGAUUGCAAUUCUGGAUACACUGGACAAUUCUGUCAAACAAUGGAUACAGUCGCAUCACAGUGUAAUGAAGUUGUGUGUUUGAAUGGAGGAUCAUGCUUUCAGAGCACGACUACUGGUGAAUAUAUCUGUACCUGUAUAGCUGGCUUUACAGGAGACACAUGUGGAAAUGAUAUUCGAGCUUGCAGUCCAAAUCCUUGCCGUAAUAAUGGCUUCUGCUCAGCGACUGGUAAUGACUACAGAUGUGCUUGCUUGAAUGGCUACACUGGAACAAAUUGCGAUGUACCAACUAGCGCCAGUUGCUCACCCGACCCCUGUCAAAAUGGAGGAAAGUGUUUAAUCUCUUCAAAUGGAGCAGAACCUACAUGCAGUUGUCCAGUCGGAUACAGCGGCACCUCUUGUCAAAUCCCUCCAGUAGGUGCCCAUGCCACCAACAUAAAGAUGUCAGCUUGGGCCCUCCUGCUUGGCAUUAUCACGCUGCUAAUGGGUCUUUACCAGUGAUACUAUACCAAACACCUACUGGUCCGGAGCUCGCUAAAUCACAGUCAUUUACCAUUAAAAAGUUGCCAAAUUACAGUUGGAAUGAGGGAUAUUGAAAGAAAGCAUUUUGUUAUUAUUUGUAUCAUAUUUCUUCCUAGGACAGAGUUGGCUACUUUAAAACACACACACAUAUAAUUAUAUGGUCACUGAAUCAUAGGUUCAUUUCUACACUUUAUAUUUAAAUGUUUCAAGAGUAAUCUUAAUUUCAGUAUUUAUCUUGUUAGUUGUAUUAUCAUGGUUAUGGCUUUCAUAAAAACUUAAUGUCUUAACUUUUUUCUUCUACCUCUUCUUCUACUUUAAAAAAAAGUGUCUUCUUAUUUUUUACUUAUUUUUCUUCUUUAUAAUUAUUAAAUAACAGUUACAUGGGUUGGAUUAGAUUUGAUUGUAAUAGGAUAAAAUAUAUUGAAAUUUCUACAGAGUCUCUUUUCCCUCCAUCUCCCUCCUCUCUCUCUCUCUCUCUCUCUCUCUCUCUUUAAAUGCAUUAACAAUGUAACAUGUUUUACCCUCAUACCCCCACUUUAUAUCUUAAUACUACUUAGUCAACGUUAUGUAUAUUUUUUAUUGGGGUUUCAAGAUACUAAACUGCAUGCAGAGGGUCUAUACUAAUGCAUGUAAUGAUCACAUCGAUUGUAGGAUAUUAUACCUUUUUUUUUUAAGGUUUCAUUUAUUUUUGCUAUUAAUUAAGUACUGUACUUGGUGUAAGCAUUACGAUUAUCAUGCAUGAACAAAAUGUUAUUACUCUUGUCUUUUCAUGUAAGAACAGUUUUGAAGGCUGUUUAAUAUAUAUAUCCUUUUUUAGCUAUGGUUUAUAUACUAUUCUUUGUGGUGGUGGAUUUUAGUAUUACAUUCAGGACAAAAUUACUUCUAUUAUACGUAUGGUAAAUGAAUAAUGUAAAAGUAAUAAUUCAAUUAAAACGAGCAUCAAAAAAAAUAUAGGCCUACGAUAUACAUAUAUGAAAUUGUUUUUUUCUUCUAAAUCUCUAUUGUUUAUGUUAUAUCUGUUAUGCUAUUAUGAUGAAAUACAAUGUAUAGACCUCUAGUAGAGUAAUCGCGAAAUAUUAUUAAUGCCAAGGAUAUAAGGUUAAAACUGUGUACCUUUGACUUAAAUUAGAUUUGACAGAUAGAAUUACUGGAGAACCACUAUAUAUUUUUCAUAGUAUCGGUACCACUAACUUUAUAUAAUUAGGAGGGGAAUGUUUUGUACAUCCAAACAAAACUGACCUAUCUACCAACGCUAAGUACAAAUACAAUGCAACUUAUGAUUCACAUGUACGUGUACAUUCAUAUCAUGUUACAGGGUACAGCACAUCUCAACUCCUACUAAAACAAUGAACUGAUACUUGUUUAAUGAUAUAAUAAUACAGUCAGUCUGUAUACAGUCAUGUUUAGACAGAUAAUUGUUUGAGACAUCAAUAGUAAUGUAUAUUCGUUAUAUUUUGGCUAAAGCAGGAUCUCCAGGUUUCCUAUUUAUAUCAGUACUGCUACAGAACAUUUGUAACGGUGGUGGCAUGAACAAUAUACAAAGAAAUAUAUUUUAUUAAACUACAUGCAUA